UUAGGGCGCGUUCGGUAUUGUUUUUGGAAACAGUUUUCUGUUUUACAAAUCCUAAAACAGCCGUAGAACGCGUCUGGCAGAUUGAAUUCCUAAUCCGAUGAAAACUCUAUCUUAAAUACAGAAUCAAUUUUAGUCUAUAUUUUCCAAAACGAUAUAUCAGCGUAUCCUUCAUUCUUUGAAAAUAGAAUCCUAAAUUUGUGAAACGCGGGAUGCUGAAAGAGAAGAGCGGGAUUUCUUGUUUCCGUAAAAGAUUGCAGCGCGGGAUGAGAGCGCGGCAAAGUUUUGCCCAAAGGCUCUAUAUAUUCAUCGAUUCAUUGUUCUCUGACAAUCCAUAUCUAGUCGCGUUCAUCUUCUCCAGGAAGCAGAGCUUCGUUUGGACUCUACUGCUCUAGGUAGGAAGACAGAAGCAAAGGCGGCCUCUCUACCCACACUCGUUUUGACGCUACUGCUCCUGUAGGUACUAAAGAUGAUUAUAGACAUGGAAGAUAGUGACUCGGAUAGUUCUUCAGAACUAGACGAAAUGGCACAACACAUGAUCAUUUGUAUGAACAUUUAUGAUUAUUGGUCUUCAUACAUAGACAAGGUUCCUUGCCAUACAUCGAUUUUAUCUGGAGCUGAAUAUGUGCAAGAGUUGCUGAAUGGACAUCCAGAUAGAAUAUAUGACUCAUUUCGCAUGGAUAAACAUGUAUUUCAAAGGUUGUGUUGCACGCUUAAGAGUUUAAAGUUAUUAGAAGAUGAUCGACAUAUAGGUGUCCAAGAAGCCGUGGCGAUUUUCUUAUAUAUAGUAUCUCAUAGUGAGCGUAUGAGAAUGGCUGCUGAGCGCUUUCAACGAUCAAAGGACACUAUUCAUCGACAGUUUAAGCGUGUAUUAGCAGCCUUGUGUAUGUUAUCACCACAGAUUAUACGUCCUCAAAGUCAAGGAGAAACACCUCCUGAAAUUUUGAACAAUCCAAAGUUUUAUCCAUAUUUUGAGAAAUGUAUUGGGGCAAUUGAUGGAACACAUGUCGCUGCAUGGGCUCCAGCUCAGAAACAAACUUCAUAUCGUGGUAGGAAGGUUCUUGUUACCCAAAAUGUCAUGUGUGCAUGCUCUUUUGACAUGAUGUUCACCUUUGUUUACACUGGAUGGGAAGGGACUGCAAAUGAUUCUAGGAUCUUUGCAGAUGCAGUGACCAGGCCAGAAAAUAAAUUUCCAUUUCCAAAUGAAGGAUAUUAUUAUGUUGUGGAUGCUGGAUACACAAACAUGCCAGGAUUCUUAGCUCCUUAUCGAGGUGAGCGGUAUCAUUUGCGUGAUUACAGAGGACCUCGUCGUACACCGAGAGGCCCUAGGGAAUUGUUCAACUACAGACAUUCUUCAUUGCGAAAUGUAAUUGAGCGAUGUUUUGGUGUAUUGAAAGCGCGUUUUCCAAUUUUAAAAUAUAUGCCUAAUUAUCCUCCAAGAAGGCAACGACGUAUACCUAUUGCAUGUUGUGUUUUACACAAUUUUAUUCGGAAGGAAGCUCGUCGUGACAGAUUGUUUGAAGCUUUUGAUGUAGAAGAUAUGAUUUUUGAGGAGGAAAACAAUACACCAACGAACUUAGAUAUGUCACAAGAGAACCUUGCACAGAUGACUAAUGUUAGAAAUGAAAUUGCAGAAGACUUGUGGCAAGAUUUUAUCCCUCACCCUUAGAUUGUUAGGUGAUAAUCAAUUUUUAAUGCAAUUUUUAUUUGGAUUGUAUGAUUUUUUUCGACAAAGUUUGGAUUGUAUGAUGAUAUGACAACUUUGUUUUGAAUAUUUUGAGGAAUUAAUUUUAAAUUAAUCAGUUA